GAAGAACAGAGAGGAAGGAAGAGAAGAAAGCAGGAGAAUUCAGGAGGAAUGAGGAAGAGAGAUGGCGGUAAGAGAAAUAGGGAUUGCAAGACACAUCGUGUUAUGAAAGAGUUGUUGGGCUCUUUUGAAAAAUGCUCACAUUGCCAUGGGCCAUUUUCUUCAUUGAAGUGGUGGGGGCUAAGAUGUGACGUUUGCACCACUGUAUGGCAUACGUACUGCUUUCACUCCAAAGACAAAAGAGAAAAGACUUCGCCUAUGGCUCCAACUACAGUCGAGAAACCUGUUCUCCACUCACCAGUCGUCUGUCCAUCUACAGGCCACACACCAGUCGUCUGUCCUUCUACAGGCCACACACCAGUCAUAUCUCCAUCUACAGGCCACACACCAGUCGUCUGUCCAUCUACAAGUCACACACCAGUCGUCUGUCCAUCUACAGGCCACACACCAGUCGACUGUCCUUCUACAGGCCACACACCAGUCAUAUCUCCAUCUACAGGCCACACACCAGUCGUCUGUCCAUCUACAAGUCACACACCAGUCGUCUGUCCAUCUACAAGUCACACACCAGUCGUCUGUCCAUCUACAAGUCGCACACCAGUCGUCUCUCCAUCUACAAGUCACACACCAGUCGUCUCUCCAUCUACAAGUCACACACCAGUCCUCUCCUCUACAGUGCUCCCUGAAGAGAAUGAAAGUAACUUCAGUGAAGAGGAGGCCUUGGAUGAUAUAUGUGAUGACGAAUACGUUCCAGAUUCCGAAAGCACAGACACAGAAGAUGAGGAACCAAUAAACAGCUUGGCGAACUCAACAUUCCAGGUUGCCGGUGAAUCACUAAUGGAUACCUCUAUGACCUGUAAUGUCACAGAUGACACCCUUGUCACUGAACAAUCUUGCACCAACACAGCACCUCCAACCAGUGUUGUAAGAGCAGGCCAAAAUUUCUGCUUCGUUUGCAAGGAUUUUCAUUCCAAAAUAGCCCGGCAUUUCAAAACUCACGUACAAGAGAAUUCUGACAUAGCAUAUGCCCUUAGUCUCCCAGCACGCUCAGCAACUAGGAAGAAGCUCCUAGAAAAUCUUCGCAACAGGGGAAACUUCGAGUACAACAGAGAUGUUCUGAAAAAAGGAAGUGGUCAGCUUAAAGUGAAGCGCAGAGCUAAGAAAGUUGAAUCAAAAAAAUAUGAAUAUUGUAUCCAUUGUAAGGGAAUGUUUUUGCGACCAGAACUAUGGAGACAUAUGAAGAGGUGCUCCUCCAAACCAGAGGAACAGGAACAUCAAGGAAGGAAAAGGGUGCUUGGCCUAGCAGCUGCAAUCGACUCAGCUUCUUCAAGCACAGUUGAAAACGGGGUGCUUAAAAUGUUAAGCCGUAUGCAUGACGAUGACAUAGCAAGUGUUAUUCGUAAUGACUUCUGCCUUCUUCGCUAUGCUGACACACUUUUCAGAAAACAUGGACAUGACCCUUCAAAACAUGACUAUAUCCGCCAAAAAAUCCGUCAGCUGGGAAGAUUCCUGCAAACCCUCCGCAAAAGGUCUUCAAUCCUAACCUUAGAGGAUGCCAUAAAACCAGGAAAUUUCAUGGAAGUAAUUGAAGCAGUAAAAGAAACAGCAGGAUUUGAUAAAGAAAGGAACCGUUACAAAACUCCAAGCCUUGCACUUAAAAUUGGACACUCACUGUUGAAAGUGAGUGACAUCAUUCAUUGUCAUGCUCUUAUUGCUGGAAAUGACAAUUUGAUAAAAUCCUCAAAAGCUUUUCAGAAGCUUUAUACUGCAAAGUGGUCUGAGUUCAUAUCCCACUGUGCUUUAAGCACCAUUAGUGACUUGAAAUACAACAAACCAGCCAAAUUACCGCUCACUGACGAUGUGACAAAAUUUAACAAGCAUCUUGACAAAACUGUUGAAUCAGCAACUGCUGCAUUGAAGAAGGAGACAACAGUGCAGAACUAUUCCAGCCUUGCAAAAGCUGCAUUGACCAAGAUUGUCCUCUUCAAUAGAAGACGUGUUGGGGAGGUCUCAAAGAUAAAAAUGAAGAAUUUUCUGGAAAGAAUCAAAGAAACAAACACCCUUGAUGAAGUUGGGCUGUCAGAGUACGAAAAGAAACUCUGCCACUAUUUUGAGCGUGUUGAACUGAAAGGAAAAAGGGGCAGAAAGGUAGCCAUGCUGCUGACACCUGAGAUGGUAAAUGCACUCAACAUUAUCAUUGAGAAGAGGAAGGAAUGUGGUGUCCCAGACCAAAAUGAAUUCUUGUUUGCUGUGCCAAAUUGUCCGACUCACUACCGAGGACAUCAGUGUCUCAGACAGCUCGCAGAUGAGUGUGGUGCCAAGAGGCCAGAGUACCUACGAUCAACUCAACUGCGCAAAGCCAUAGCGACCACAUCACAAAUCCUGAAUUUGAAGAGCAACGAACUAGAUCAGCUUGCUGAUUUUAUGGGGCACGAUAUAUCAGUACAUAGAGAGUUCUACCGUCUGUCAGAGCCUACCAUACAGAGUGCAAGAAUUUCCAAGUUGCUCCUUGCACUUGAAAAGGGAAAGAUGCAUGAGCUUAAAGGAAAAUCUCUUGAUGAAAUUGAAGAUUUCACAGAUGAUGAUGAUGAUGACGAUGAGAGUGAGCAGGAACAAACCACUGACAACAAAGCAGUGGAAGAUUGUCCUCGUGAACUGAACGAUUUUUCAGACAUGGACACUCCUGAAGGUGACAGACUCCUUCCUGUACUUAAGGUCCCUAAAGCCAAAACACGAAGACAAUGGACAAAAGCAGAAGAAAAUGCUGUGAUGAGACACUUCAAGUCUCAUGUAAUUAAAGGCAAUUUGGCGUCCAAGCAGGAAUGUUCCCUCUGCAAAGAAUGUGAGCCAGCACUAAAAAAAAGAACGAUCCAAAAUAUCAGGGACUUUGUUCGAAACAAGGGGCUGACGUUUAAGCGCCGCCGCCAUCCAAAUUGAGUAACUAUAUCUACCUAGCCAGCGUUGUUCAACUUGUUCAGUUCUUGAUUGUUAUCAUAUAUUAUUACGUUUAGUGUUUUUAAUGUUUAAUGUUAUUUUUUAAUAUAUAUAUAUGUUCAAUGUUGCACGUUACCCCGAUGGAAUAAAUUUAUUGAAAUUUAAAUCUCUUAAUUGUGAUAGUUAAUGUUCUUUAGAAUAGUUACAUCAAUAUGUAAUGCUGCACAAAAAAUUGAAGGCUUUAAAUAGACCCUGUGAUUGGUAUCGGAUAUCGGCCCAAAACAUCCACCUCUAACGUCCACCACAUUUUUAUGGGUGAGUAAGGCUCCAACACCAACAACUGCUGCAUUUGCACUCCAUUGUUUGUGUUGUCUUUUUAGAAUAUAUCUAUGGUGUCAUACAACAGCUUGUGUUUGUUACUCUUCCUCAACAUGCCAAACAUGGAAGUCCUAGAAAACAAUAGAUGACGCGCAGACAACUCGGUUCCUUUUCCUUUUCUUUUCUUAAUUUCUUUUGUUAAUUCAGAAGGAGGUUCAGUUUCAAAUUCAUAACCUUAACAAAUCAUAAUGGAAAAAUACUAAUACUGCAUUAUCAGCUUCCAUAAACAAUCAGAAGAAAUAAACAAUCCAUUCAAGAAGCACAAUUACUAUUACUUUACGUGCUGUUAGAGAUUUUAAUCAUGCAGCCCCAUAUGUCAGUGGAGAGAGUAGACGGGAGUCCAGGAUGUCUUGCGUUGAAAAGGUUUAUUUACUUGAUCCAGGAGACGUGACUGAAUGAUCAGUACACGUUAUGUUCUGAUGCUCCUUUCAUUAUUUUUCAUUCAUUCGGAAGUGUCUGUCCUCUGGGGAAACCACCACACAGAUAAUGUCAUAAGUUUGAGCCAUGCCCAAAUAUGGACAGAUCCAACACAUCUACAAUAUACAGAAUUUAGUCUACUCAGGACCUUUGUUCUCCAUCCAACAUAAUAUCAAACCUCUCACUCCAGUUACCUCAACCUACCAUGCGAUACUAAAAACUUGCAGUUUUGCAUGUAUUCUUUGUACUGACUCUAUAGCAGCAACCAAAGCUUGCAGUUUUGGUUGAUCGCUGCUCAGCAUCCAGAGCAGGCUGGCAGUAGGCAGGCAGAAGGCUCCCCUGCCAGGGGGACAACAGCAGAGAGCAUCGGAUGCAGGGAUCAGAUUGCUUUGACUUGUAAACUAUGCUAAACUUGCUACUAACUUAUUAUUUUUUUCCUCGGUUGAUACGUGGCGUGUGAGGGGGAGGGUGCAGAGCAGCAGCACCACCUCCGCCAAAGACUCACUUUGACUUUUGCCCAAAAAUCAUAUUCGAAGUUUGUUUGUUUAUUAAUAUUAAUAUUAGAAUAUAUUCAAAUAUUUAUUAAUAAUAUUUUGACCAUUAAAUGACUUCAGUAAGACCUGGGCUGAAUCGGAAUACUUAGUACAUACUAUUUCUGUUCAGUGUCUACUACUUGACCGUACUACACUUGACAGUGUAGUACGGUCUAUAGCUAUGCGUAGAACGCCUCCGAACGCUUCCGAACAUCGCCGAAACUCCACCGGAUGUUUGGAGAUGACGCAUCUCCCCUCAGAUGCCGGCAAAAUUACCUUGAUAAGUUACCUGUUUUCCGUCUUGUCAUCGUUGCUAUUAAAUUAAAAUUGCUCUUUUUACUUAAUUACUUACUUUACUUUUUUACUCUUUUUAAUGUCUCUUUUUUUCGCCGCUUUCUACAACGUCUUUCUAAGCCGCUGUUGGUAGUGUCGGGUCAGCCAUCUGUUCUUCCUUUGUUACCAGACUCCGGUUGCAUUGUGGGAUAGUGUAGUGACCUACCGUUGUAUACUGGCGGUAGUACGCAUUCGGAAACGUUUUCCGUACUACACAAUGCGUACUGAGCAUUCGUACGCACUAUAUUUGUGGCGUACUACAAAAUGCAUACUAUAAGUAUGAGUAUUCGGAUUUAGCCCUGGAUUGGGCUUUGCGAGGUUUGUUUACCGGCGUUGCUAUGGUUACCAGUCUUGCGUGAUCCAACGGUUUAUUAGGUUUCUGAUAAAUCGCUGUCUAAUCAAUACGUCCAUUCACUGCCUCUUCCGUGGUCAUUACAAUAUUAUGAAUAGACUGCGUCGGGUUCUCCGACGUCUCUCCCUCUUGGCCUGCCCAUAACAGGUUUGAAUAUUAAGGGCUGCCUAAUAUUCCUUCGAAUUUUGAUUUAUUUUUUGAUAUUCAAAUUAUAUUCGAAUCACGAAGUUCGGAGUCAAAGCCCUACGACUCAGAGUCGCAUUGCUAAUGAGCAACUGGCGAUCAGCAGAAGGAGAGUCUUGGAAAAUGGCACAGGUUUUAUUAUUUAGGCUAAAAACUUCAUAACAACAAUUUAAAGACCAUUGAGAAUGAAAUAGCUAAAAAGUAAGAUUGGAGUGGGACUUUAAAAGGGUUUUUAAGAGAUUAAAUGUAGUAUUAUAUUCUGGUAGACCUUUUAAUGUUGGUCUGUCCUAUCAUACCAUUACCUGGUUUGUUUUUGUGUGUUACAUGUAAACAGGCCUUGUAAUGUUGGUCAGUCCUCACAUACCAUAACCUGGUUUGUGUUUGUGUGUUAUAUGUAAACAGGCCUUGUAAUGUUGGUCAGUCCUCGCAUACCAUAACCUGGUUUGUGUUUGUGUGUUACAUGUAAACAGGCCUUGUAAUGUUGGUCAGUCCUCGCAUACCAUAACCUGGUUUGUGUUUGUGUGUAAUAUGUAAACAGGCCUCAUAAACACUGUUGGUUUCACAAACCAUGAUUUGUGUGACCCCGUAAGCCUGUUGUAAGUCACAUUUUUUUCUAAAAGAGAAAUUAUCAUUUUGAAGUCAGAUUUGUGUUCUGCAGAUAAAAUGACAAUUUUUGAUGUCUUUGAAGUUCACCAGAUGCUGCGUUAGGUGUGGUCUCAUAAACCACCGCCAUGCAUGAAUUUGCAAGAUUGGUCUCGUAAACCACAUUUGCCUGUGUGUGUGUGUGUGUGUGUGUGUGUGUGUGUGUGUGUGUGUGU